UCAGCGCCAGCCUCCUGGGCCUGUUGCUUUUCCCCUUCGGCCUGGCUUCCCAGGUGGCUCGGGACGCCUGUGGCCCUUCCUCCGUGUACAACAGUGGGCAAUGCCACGUGGGCUGGGGCUUCCUCACCGCCAUCUUGGCUCUGGUCCUCGCCAGCCUCUUGCCCAUCGUGGGGCGAUUCCAAGGAGACAAGCCCCAGGAGAAGCAGAUCCUUUUCUCUAGCAUCACCGAGAGGAUUGUCUUCGUUCCAGAGCCCAAGCCAUAG